CAGCCCCGGACCCGGAGCCCUCCCGGUGCCCGUGCCCGGCCCGGGGCCCCGCGGGCGCCGCGAGGGGCCGGGCUGUGCCCCGGCGGGCUCGGGAGGUGGAGCGAGGGGCAGGGUGACCCCGGCACAUCGCUGCCCUCCCCGGCGGGUCAGCCCCAGCGGCCAGCCCUGCGCACCCCGAGCCUCCCCAGCCCGGCCCCGGAGAGGCUGCGGGAUGGCCGAGGGGGAGAUCAGCACCUUCAGCGCCCUGACGGAGAGGUUCGACCUGCCCCCGGGCAGCUACAAGAAGCCGAAGCUGCUGUACUGCAGCAACGGGGGGCACUUCCUGCGCAUCCUGCCCGACGGCACCGUGGAUGGCACCCGCGACCGCAGCGACCAGCACAUCCAGCUCCAGCUGAGUGCAGAGAGCGUGGGGGUGGUGCACAUCAAGAGCACCCAGUCGGGGCAGUACCUGGCCAUGGACACCAACGGGCUGCUCUACGGCUCGCAGUUACUGGGUGAGGAGUGCCUGUUCCUGGAAAGGCUCGAGGAAAACCAUUACAACACCUACGUCUCCAAAAUGCACGCGGACAAGAACUGGUUUGUGGGGCUGAAGAAGAACGGGAACAGCAAGCUGGGCCCGCGGACUCACUACGGCCAGAAGGCGAUCCUGUUCCUGCCCCUGCCCGUCUCGGCCGACUGAGGCCCGGCCCGGGCUCAGAGACAGCCCCAGACCCAGCUGCUGCUGCCCCUUAGAGCCCUCCAGAGCUCCGAGCUUUAGGUCAAGGCUUUGCCCAGUCUAGCCCAGCAGAGCCCCUCUGCUCUGCACGAAGCUUUGCGGAGAUGAGGGGACGAGCCCUGAUGCUCUCCCGAGGUCCACGGGGCCCCAUCUCCCCCUGCCCUCAGCCGUGUGCCCGUGUGUGCCAUGACCCUUGGCUGUGUGUGCCAUGACCUUCAGCCCUGUGCCCAUGUGUGCCAUGACCCUCAGCUGUGUGUGCCAUGUGUGCCAUGACCCUCAGCCGUGUGCCUGUGUGUGCCAUGACCCUCAGCUGUGUGUGCCAUGUGUGCCAUCACCCUCAUCUGUGUGUGUCAUGACCCUCAGCCAUGUGCCAUGUGUGCCAUGACCCUUGGCUGUGUGUGCCAUGACCCUCAGCCCUGUGCCACGUGUGCCAUGAGCACGCUGCAGCUCCCAGGAGCUGCCCUGGGCAGGCACCCAGAGCUGUGCCCGAGGGUCGCGCUGGCUCCCAGAGAAGCGCACUCUUUGUGUCCCCAGGCAUUCAAAGGCAAAGCUCCCUGGCCACUGUGUGUUGAGGUAUUUAUCCGUGCAGGUGUGUAGCUUCUGACAUGCCCUCGAGCAGUGCCAGACUGCAGCACCAGUCCCGUUAUCCAGGGCCAGCCUGCUAAGUGCCAGCUGGGCGUGCUGAGCUGAACUAGGCAGAGCUCCAGCCUCAGGCCUUCUCUCCUCACAACAUCAGUAGUGUGUGUUCCAUGCUAGUACCUGCCAUAUGUCAUUUGUAUUUAUUUAUUAAGUAAAUAUGUCUCUUUACAAGCUGUCCAUAAGUCUUUCCAGGCAGCUGGAGGCUGUCCCAGCGAGGAUGGGGCAGUGGCAGUGAGGGUGUGAGGGUGUGAUGUACAACAGCACGAGGGGGCAGAGCAUCACACCCAUUCCCAGAGGGAAUUCACACUGCCUGGCCAAAUGCAGCCCUAAAAAUGUCACUGAGGCCUCUUGGUGGCUCCCAAAUCCCCUGUGAAGCUGAGUUUCUCCAUCGCUGGCCUAAUGCAGCUCGAGGGCAGCUCGAGAGCCACUCCUGCCAGCUGAGAACAUCACCAGAGCAUCCCCAGCUCCUCUGGAAAACCUGAGCCAGGGCCUCACCACCCUCACGGGGAAGAAUUUCUCUCUAAUACCAAAUCUGAAUCUACCAUCCUUCAUCUUAAAUAAUUUCCCCCUUGUCCUAUCUUGCCUUCAAGGACAGGGACAAGACGCCAGUGCUCCCUGCUCCCAGCAAACCUGAUCAGCCAUCCCACAUGGAGGAAGGAAUAAAAGGCUGCCUUGCAUAUUUCUGCAGCAGCAAUUAGCCACUAAUUGCUGUACUUUACAAUUGCUCUGCUAAUUACUGCUCUCCUGAACUUCUGCACUUGCUGCACAAACGCCCUCCCCAGCACUGAUAGCAUCUCUGCAAUCCCAGCGCUGCCGGGCAAACAGGGGCUGGCACGGAGUGGUGCAGCACAGCUGGCAAGGAGCAUGUGCCAGGUCCUUCAGAGCUGCUCCCCACCUGUGGGAUCCGCAGGGAAAUACAGGGGAAAGGUGGAUUCUGCUAAUCCUGCCGGUCCCAGCUGCUCCUCUGGGCCCAGAGACACCCAGGCACUGCCUGGCUCAGCUGCUCUGCUGGGCACAGCAUGGCAUUCCAUGGCAAGCACCAAGCUGGGCAAGACAGGGGCAUGAGGACAGCCAGCAACACCCACGCUUCUCAAACACAGCAGGGAAACAACUUCCCUGUGAGAGGCUGAGCUGUCGCUCAAGUCAAAAAAGCGAAUUAAUGCGCGAGUGGGAGUCCAGGUGUCUAAUUAAACUGGAAGGCUGGGCCGUGUAACGCUGGAUUUGGCUGUGCUGCCUUGCAGCACCUCAUUAACCCAGGGCACCCUCUCGUUGGGCUCCUGCUGCUCCCACACCGCCCCGCAGGUACAGCUGGACACCCAGCUGGGGAAAAAUGUCAACACCUGGUCUGAAAAUAACCCCGGGGGAGCCGCAGCAAUCGCUUCAGACAGAUGGAGGAGCCAGCAUGGCCGGGGAAACCGCGCUCACCUCGGGGUGCGUGCCCUUAGCGCGAGGGGAAAAAAGGAGAGUUAGAAGAUUUAAUAAAAUCGUUACACGUAA